CAUAAAACGCCUGCGGAGGACCAGCAUAUGAUUCAUCGUAGCGGUGCCAACAAUUCCAGACCGCAUGGCCAGGCUUCCCACAGAGUUGGCACGUGAUGGACCCCCGGCCAGCUCCUCUGCCGCGUGCGUCGUCGCGGUACUGCGGCUGCCGGCCGCCUAUGCCGCCGGGAUGAUUGCCGCGUUCACUCGCCAUCCCUUAACCCCCGUCAGCCGUCCAGCAGCGCCUUCCCUUGCUGUCCUCCUCGUCGCGCUGCGCCAGCGCUCGCCGCCGCCGCCAGUGUUAGCUUACGCCACGCCAGAUCUCCCGACCGUCAGCCGUCCACGCCACGCCAGAUCCCCCGACCGUCAGCCACCGCCGCCCUCGACCGAGUUCCCUCCUCACCACUCGCCGCCGCCGCCACUCAACCGCGAGUCUUCCCCGCUGGUCCUCUUUACCGCGAAUUUCAAAAUAAGGUGGAAGCAAAAAACUUGUGUUCAGGCUCAAUUCUUCGAACUGAGCGAGGAGGCUAGACAGAAAGGGCUGCAAGUCACCGACCAAGAAAUACGGUAUUCGCUAGUCGUGGGCCGUGAUAAUCUAACCUCGACCUUGUCACUGACGAUUCAAGAGGAGAUAAAGAAGCUAUAUGGUGGUAUCCUUCCUCGAUGAGGCGAUGAUGAUGGAACAGGAGGUGCAGGACAGCUCGAGAUUUGUUGAGACCUUUACGACCUUAGCUUCCUCCAUUUUAAACACUUGACACUAACACUUUAAUAUUCAUUAUUAGAAUAUAAUGAACUAUGUUACAUUUG